UCUGAUCGUUCCGAGAAAGAUGAACCAGCGUGAGUGCUUCCUUAUUUUAUGUUUUCUGUGUUCGAUUCAGUUUUCCGAUACAUCCUACCAAUGUGGAAUCAGACUACACGGAUUGCGUCCACUGAUCAAAGACGGUUGGCAAGUGGAAGAAGGUCAGUGGCCAUGGCACGUGGCAGUGUUUAAUCGAUUGAAGAGUACUGAUCAGUUCAAGUACGGUUGCGGGGGUACUUUGAUCAACGAGAAGCACACCCUGACGGCAGCUCAUUGCGUCAAACGAAAGCGGCCACCUUUUUUUUAUGAGAUAGAGCUUCAUUUCGGUCAGCAUAAUCUUUCGAAGUUGAGUGAUAACGUUGUGGUCCGCGACGUUAGUGAAAUACAUGUGCACCCGGAAUAUGAGCCAAAUAAGAAUGACAUCGCUGUGCUGGUGAUGCGAUUGCCAGUGGAGUACUCCGAUACCGUGAUUCCGAUUUGUCUGGACCAGAGAAUGGACCUUGCAUUGCAAGAGCUAGAAGGAUGGGUCACAGGGUGGGGAAUGACGGAGAACGGGACCAUUUCGGAUGUACUUCGGACGGUUUCGCUGUCCGUGGUAAGUCAUUUGACGUGUCUGCAGGACGACCCAAAUCUGUUUAGUAACUGUUUGAACGAAAAAGUUUUCUGCGCUGGAAAUAAAAAAGGUAGCAGUCCUGGACCGGGAGACAGUGGCGGCGGCAUGUACAUCAGUGAUGGCGAUCGUUGGCAGCUCAGGGGAAUUAUUUCUUUUGGAAAAUUCAACGAGUUGAAGAAAUCAGUUGAUGCUUCCAAAUACAUCGUGUUUGUUAACAUUCAGUGGUACUUGUCAUGGGUUAAGGAAAUUUUAGGCGAGAGUGAACUUCGCCUGGACAAGAGACAAAAACGAAUAAGCGAGCUAGAGUGCGAACGAUUCCAAACACUGACGAGAAAACGACCCAACGGUGAUUGCUUAAACAUAUAUAUGCACAAUGUGAUGGUAAUUGCAACGCAUUACAGUUCUAAGAAUUGGUGCAAUGGUGUCCUGGUAGAUGAGUCACAUGUCAUAACCACUUGCAGCUGCCUUCGAAAUGCAGUAUAUGCAAAAUACUUGUCAGCAAAAGUGCCCUUCGAUUCGUACGGAGAAGUUGCUGUUUCGGAAAUGGCAUGUCAUCCGAAGCAUGCCGACGACAGCUUACGCUACGACUUAGCUAUUCUGAAACUGAAUGAAACGAUUCUUCUCAGUAAUACCCUGAUCCCGGCUUGUUUGGCUAAUAACUGGACGGAAAAUCUGAACGACAUUCUUGUGCAGACGUUCUACACCACUCAAUCGUUUGGUAACGACCAGAUGAGUCUGGUUGAGUUGAACGAGAACAGAAUAUCGCUAUAUGAGAAUUGCCAUUUACUGCGUCGUCCCGAUUGGUUCAACAGGUCUGACCUUAUCGGGGAACUGUGUGUCAAAAGUACUUAUAAAUUGAGGUACAAUGACUAUGUUGAAUUGUCGUACAAUUCACACGGUGCAGUGCUGCAGACUACCGACAGGCGCUCGUGCAUGUCCACUGUGGUGGGCCUAAAAGUUCAGAACCGAGGAAGCGGUGAAUACCCCAAUCGGUAUUGGAUGGAAAUUUAUGCUAGAAUUACCUACAAUUUGGAUUGGAUUGAGCAGAGUAUCUGGGAUGGACAAUCCAAAGUUCUGCUUCUUUUCGUUUCAGUAGAUUCUAAACUGUAUAUGUACGAAUGCGGAAUCUACCAACAUAAAACAGAAGUUGAGGAGUGGCCGUGGACUGUGGCAAUAUUCUACCGAAAUCCGAAUACUAGUACGCUUGAACUAAUAUGUAGUGGCACAUUGAUAAGCAAGAAGCACGUUGUGACAGCGGCACAGUGCGUCCUGAAUCUCACCACCGGAAGACCGUUACCGGAGGAUACUUUUGAACUGCAUUUCGGCUUGACUUAUUUGGAACGUCAUAAUGUAAAAGUUCAAAUACGUUACGUCAGAGAAGUUCUUAUCCACCCGGACACUUCGGAUCACAACGUAGCGCUACUGGUCACCAGCUGGCCGGUCAAGAACACGCCUUAUGUGACGUACAUCUGCAUUGCCCCGGGCGACAAAACGGAAUUUUGGAAUUUGGAAGGACUAUCGGAAGUCUACAUCGCUGGCUGGCAAACAAUGGGAGCUACGAGAUCAGGACAUACACUGAAGUCUUCUAACAUCUCCAUUCUUCAUCGCCAGGAGUGCUUCGAAGCCGGACUGAGCAUCUCUUUAAACCAGUAUUGUUCCCACUAUCCUAAUGAAAUACAAAGCAACGCUGACCUUGGAUCGGGACUGUACUACGAAGACCGCGGUAAGUUGCAGUGGCCAUGGGUUUUGACGGGAAUCGUGUCAUCCGAGAAGAAAGGUAACAAUUCUGAAAGAUAUACCAUAUUGACUAGUCUUCGGCCGUAUAUCUCGUGGAUUGAAGGAAUUAUGUCAAGCAACACAUCUAGAAGAAUCAGUGAAAGAGAAUGCGAGCGUUUCCAGAGCUUGACUGAGAAAAGCGGGGGAUUUUGUGAAAAUUCGUGGGAAUACUUGCGGGGAUAUAAGUCGCAUGUGGUUAAACUUUUGAAAAAUUCCCGGAAGAUCAUUUGUCUCGGUGUACUUGUGUCAGAAAAUUUCAUUUUGACUUCAUGCCAAUGCCUACGGCACCAUAGUCGUCCAAAAACAGUUAAAAUUGGCUAUCGUGACAUGGUCAACAUUUCGGAAAUGAUGUGCCAUCCAGACUUUAAUCCCGCCAACUUUCAAAAUGAUAUCGGGGUUGUGCGGUUAUCCACUGCCGUUACACUAUCCAGUAAAUUGGUUCCGGCCUGUUUGGCAAAUAGUUUGUCGGAGCACCACAAGGACGCCAUGUUACAAACAAGGCUUUUGCGCGAGGAUGAUGGUAAGUUUUUGGUCGUUUACUCAUCAUAUGACUACAUCGGUACAAAGGACGAAUGCGACAAGUUGAUCAAAGAACCACAUCUCCUGAAACCUGGCCAGGCAUGUCUGAUCAACCCUAGCUCGGAAAUGAACAAAUUCAACGGAAGUAUUGUGCAGAUGGUAGAUAGUCGGACCUGUCGCUUCACGGUGACUGGAAUAGGGAGCACUGCCAUUGAAAAUCCUUAUCGCAGUACAGCCCGCAGAGUUGGCAUUGUUCAUCGUAUUGACCACUAUCUAGAUUGGAUAGAGAAGAUCGUGUGGGAGAAGAGUUUCCACUGUGGAAUGGCUAGACCUUUGGUUGCCACAAGCUUAUUUAGAGUAAGGUGUGUUUAAUAUUUAAUCUAAGGGGAAUUUUGGGAAAUCCUGAAUAAAACUACCAUCGACCCCAAAAAAUUUAUAUUAGCCUGACAUUAAAUUUCGAUGUAUGCAUCAACAUUAAGUUUUGAUGUACUUCUGAUGUGGAACAUUAGAAAACACUACGAUUCAGAUGUGUUUA